AUGACUUAUCUAGUCUCUUGGGCUUGUAGGACAUUCAAUGGAUUUCAGAGAUUAGUUAAGUUUUUGCCAACUCUCCAGGCAAAGCUUGGUUCCUCAACUCGUGAGGGAGGCAUCAGAUUACGUAUCACAGAUGCUGUUUCACAUUUUGAAAGUUUAAACAAUCAAGUGAUCAACUGGGCACUUACUAUGAUUGACCUUUUCUUCUUCUGUAUCAGAUCCUGGUUUUCUUCCAGGAGUGGAGACAAUAAAAUGCUGGGACUGAGAGUGACUACUAGACACAAGCGUUCAAAGAGCUUUCCUGAUAAGAAAGGAGUUGAGGAAGAUAGCUUAAGUAGUUCUCAUGAAGCAUCAAACCGAACAAAGCUGGAGACAGGGCAAUUGAUGGACUCUUCUAAAACCAAGAAGAAACAGUUGCCCAACACAGAAGUGCAAAAUUGUUUGAAGCAAGAGAUUUUACAGCUUGAGAAAAGAUUACAAGACCAAUUUCAGGUCCGCCGUGCUUUGGAACAAGCAUUGGGUUAUAGGACUUCUUCCCAAGGUGAUAUAGAUAAAAUGUCAAUGCCCAAGCCGGCCACAGAACUGAUUAAGGAAAUCGCUGUGUUAGAGUUGGAAGUUGUAUAUUUGGAGCAAUACCUUCUCUCAUUGUAUCGAAAGGCAUUUGAUCAACAAAUUCCAUCUGUAUCUCCUACUACUAAGGAUGAAAGAUUAAAAUCACCUUUAGCUACCCUGAGACCAAGGUUUGUGGAAGAUUCUGAGCCUGCUAUCACAUCUAAAAGAGAAACCCCUGCUAUCCAAUCUGGUUGUCAAUUAGUUGACAAUCAGUGGAAGGAAUCCACUGUUAUUGAAGAAGAAGAUAGGCUAUUAGAUUCUGGUGUUCACCGAUGUCACUCCUCACUGUCACAACGUUCCGCACUUCCAAGUAGAUCGUCUCCUCCAGCAGAGUCUUUGGGUAGAGCUGUACGUGCUUGCCAUUCACAACCAUUAUCCAUGAUGGAGUAUGCCCAGAGUGCACCAAAUAUAAUCAGUCUAGCUGAGCACCUUGGAACUCGCAUUUCUGAUCAUGUGCCAGAGACGCCAAACAAGCUAUCUGAGGAUAUGAUCAAGUGCAUGUCAGCUAUAUACAGUAAGCUUGCUGACCCACCAGUGACGCAUAAUGGUCUUUCAUCUCCAAAUUCAUCCUUAUCAUCGAUGAGUGCAUUUUCCCCUCAAGAUCAGUGUGAUAUGUGGAGUCCUGGGUUCAGAAAUAAUCCAACUUUUGAUGCACGACUAGACAACCCUUUUCAUGUAGAAGGACUUCAGGAAUUUAGUGGACCGUACAGCACAAUGAUUGAAAUCCCUUUGAUCUAUAGAGAUAGUCAGAAGUUGGGUGAUGUUGAACACUUGCUUCAAAAUUUUAGGUUGCUCAUUUCUCGACUGGAAGCUGUCGAUCCUAGGAAGUUGAAACAUGAGGAGAAGCUGGCAUUCUGGAUCAAUAUACAUAAUGCAUUAAUGAUGCAUGCGUAUUUGGCUUAUGGGAUUCCACAAAAUAAUGUCAAGAGGCUCUUUCUCCUACUGAAGGCUGCCUAUAACAUUGGGGGGCACACGGUCAGUGCAGACACUAUACAGACCUCUAUUCUUGGAUGCCGGAUGUGUCGUCCUGGACAGUGGAUUCGCUUAUUACUCUUGUCAAGAGGAAAAUUCAAGACAGGAGAUGAACGUCAAGCAUAUGCAAUUGAACAUCCAGAACCCCUACUGCACUUCGCUCUCAGCUCAGGAAACCAUUCCGAUCCUGCGGUUCGUGUGUACACACCCAAGAGAGUAUAUCAGGAACUGGAAGCUGCAAAAGAAGAGUUUAUCCGGGCUACCUUUGGUGUACGCAAGGACCACAAAAUUCUUCUACCAAAGGUUGUGGAGUCAUAUGCAAAGGAUUCGAGUUUAUGCCCUGCUGGUAUCAUGGAGAUGGUUCAACAGUCUUUGCCUGAAUCUUUAAGGAAGAGUAUAAAGAAAUGUCAGGCAAGUAAAUCCCGCAAGAGCAUUGAAUGGAUUCCUCACAAUUUUACUUUUCGGUAUCUUAUAUCUAAAGAGCUGCUGAGGUGAUUGUGUUCUUGAGCUCACUAUUCCAUAUUUUGAUCAAGAUUUCUAUAUAGGAAGAUUUGACUCUUUUUUUUUUCCUCUGUACAAAGUAGAAUAUGAAGCUGGAAUUGGUAGGCCGGUUAGAACAUUAGGCAUUUUGUAUUUAUGUAAUGUUAUCACCAUUCUGGCAUGUUACGAGAUGAAGUAUCUA